UUGUCCCAUUUCGCUUUCCGUACAUCCAGCUGUUUUCGAUUUGAGUUACUUCCGUAAGUACAUACAAUAACAUAGCAACUACGCACGGCUCAUCAGUAAAUCAGCGUAAAGUGUAACAGGAAGUCAGGAACUAGGGGGGAACCAAAUCGGGUGCCACGCCGAUCACUGGAGAUACCGUGGAGAUCCGGGGAUAUAUUCAACAAACCAUCUCUACUCCGAGACAAGAGUACGUGGAGGAAGUUGUUACAAGGAGAGAUUAGUCGGCAACGCAAACUGCUGACCGCCUGGAGAACCUGGGGAAUCCAGAAACAAGAGUGGAGUGAAAGCAAACCAACCCAUUAUGGAGCAUGAGGUCCAAACCCACCACAUGAACCGGACCAGGUCUCACGUUCGGAUAGAGGCUAACAUGUUGCUUGAGAAAAUGCAGGGCCUUGGACUGAGGCCUGUUUUAUUCCUGGCCAGCCCCUUUUAUUCCUGCCAUGACCAAAAUCACUGGGUCUCAGAAAUUUUUGCCCCUCCCUGCCAUCUGUCUGAGAUCUCUGUGGAGGGUCUUCAAAGGAUGAAGGCACUGUUUGAUCUCAUUAUUAAAGGUUGGACCCCCAGAGAGACACCUGCAGGAGCUUCAACUCGGCCUCCUCCCUGUCGUCCAGAGACACCUGCAGGAGCUUCAACUAGGCCUCCACCCUCUACUCCAGAGACACCUGCUGGAGCCUCCUCAAAUGGUCUUGAACAAGAGGUCCUGCAGCACACGGCCUGUAGAGAGGCGCCCUCCAGUCCAGUCCAGGAGGAGAAAUGGACUUACAAGAAGAAGAGCCUGACGGCUUCUGACGCCGGGAUGUGGACGAUAGGACAAUUGAGAGCGGUGCUCCAUCACCCGGUCACCGGGAAUAACGCGGAGAUGCGGGGAUAUAUUCAACAAACCAUCGCGGAGUACCGGGAGGGAGUUUCUCUGUUACAAGGAGAGAAAAGUCGGCAAUGGAAACUGCUGAGCGCAGCCUGGAGUCCCCAGGUUCGCUUGGACAGAGCAGAGGUCCUGCAGCACGCGGCCUGUAGAGAGGCGCCCUCCCCCCGUCCGGUCCAGGAGGAGACAUGGACUCCAGGCACACAAGUCAAAGAGGAGGAGGAGCCAAGGGCCCCAGGCCUACCAGUCAAAGAGGAGGUGGCGGAGGAGCCAAGGGCCCCAGGCCUGUUCUACUCCAAUGUCAAAGAGGAGGUGGCGGAGGAGCCAUGGAACCCAGGCCUACCAGUCAAAGAGGAGGUGGCGGAGGAGCCAAGGGCCCCAGGCCUGUUCUACUCCAAUGUCAAAGAGGAGGUGGCGGAGGAGCCAUGGAACCCAGGCCUACCAGUCAAAGAGGAGCGGGAGGAGCUGUGGGUCAGCCCUGGGGGAGACGGUGGUCAGGAGACGACGGGAGAGGACGUAAUCCAGGACCCGUCCUCUCCUGGUUCCGUGAAGACGGAAGGCGCUCCGCCUCCACCUACAGAUCCAACGGAGGCCGGACCACCGACCAGGGACUCUGAAGCAGACAUAAAGCCAGAACCACAGCCUCUGUCCUUCGUAUCGGACCAUUAUGCGACAGCAGAACCACAGCCUCUGUCGGACGGGUAUGAGACAGCACAACGACAGCCUCUGUCCUGUGCGUCGGACCAGUUCGAGACAACAGAACCACAGCCUCUGUCCUGUGCGUCGGACCAGUUCGAGACAACAGAACCACAGCCUCUGUCCUGUGCGUCGGACCAGUUCGAGACAACAGAACCACAGCCUCGGUCCUGUGCGUCGGACCAGUUCGAGACAACAGAACCACAGCCUCGGUCCUGUGCGUCGGACCAGUUCGAGACAACAGAACCACAGCCUCGGCCCUGUGCGUCGGACCAGUUCGAGACAACAGAACCACAGCCUCGGUCCUGUGCGUCGGACCAGUUCGAGACAACAGAACCACAGCCUCGGUCCUGUGUGUCGGACCAGUUCGAGACAACAGAACCACAGCCUCGGUCCUGUGCGUCGGCCGACUGCACGACAACAGAAACGGAUGCGAAGGAGGAAGCGGGUGCAGACAGCGGCUCCGGGUCGGGCGCAGCCGUUGGCGCCUCGUGUCCAGACAUGGACUCUAAAUUGCGGAUCCGACGACGAGCCAAACGUCCGGUGCGUGAACUCGAAUGCGAUGCCAAAACCCGGGACCGGAUACACACGAGGGUGCACACGGGUGAGCGGCCGUACUCGGGUCCGGACUGCGGAAAGGCGGUCACCACUAAGGGCGGGGUCGACGGACACAUCCAGAACAUCCACCGCAGAGACAGACCCUUCCGCUGCGAGCUCUGCACCUCAAGCUUCAAGUUAAAGUGGGGUCUGAACCGACACCUCAGCGUCCACACCGGGGAGAGGCCGUACACCUGCUCUUCCUGCGGCCUCACCUACACUGCGAGGGACAAGCUGAACAGGCACAUCAACAUCCACCAUAGAAUAACAUCCGUCAAAUGCAAGAUGAAAGCGUGAUGGCUUAAAGACCCCUCAACGGGAAAUGAGAUCUCUGUACUGUUUAUUAAAUUGUAUUGUAUUGUGUACUGUUUAAAAGGCAAGGUUUUUGUGCUGUUGCUAAGCUGUUGAGGAGCUUCCGGAUUUCUCCACCUUUUUGGACCCUUUUUCCACCAACGAUUUGAGUCCAAAGAGACAAACGCAGACAACAGUUGUUGAAUUCGGUCCAGUACCGAGUGUGAAACGGUGCAGCAUUUCCUUGGGGGCAUCGGCCAACCGUCAAUCUAUGUCGUCUAGAAGUGCUUGUUUUGGUAACCGGCGAGAGUCAGAUUGUUCUAAGUGUUGUUGCAACCCGGCCCAGGCCAAUUAAGGAGAUUCAGAGCACCUGAGGAACAAGUGGAGAAGCAGGGCUUAAAUAGCCCGCUUCUCCACUCAUUCAGGGCUCUCUCAGCCCUGGAGCUCCUGCACGGAGAGACCGGUCCUCGUGGGUGACGGGAUUCCACCCACAAAGGAGGGGACCGUUGAUUCCUCCCAGGUUUUACGUUAUUUGUGUUUUGAGAGACUUUGUUAUGUUCUGGAUUAAACAUGCCUUUUUUGGCUUUUCCCCACGAAAUGGUGUCCUGUUUGGGAGGAGGUGGUUCGCUAACCGUGCCGGGUUGCCACAGUGUCUGACAACAUUAUGGAAAGGAAAGUAAUCCUACAGGGAAAUAAAACGUUUUUCUUCACCCCUCACUU